AUGGGGAUUGUUGCCGCUACCGUCUUGUCUUCGAGGCACCGCUGUAUAAGGGCACGGCGGUUAUGGAAUUGGUCCGCGCUUACGCCAACAGUGGGUUCAGCUGUGGCGACGAAUCACAACCCAAUGAAUAAUUCAAACCUUUCGACUAACAGUGCUGAGUUGAGGCAAAUGUUGGACAUUAUUCAACUACCAAAAGCAGAGAUAAUGUACUUCGACGGGGACCCUCUGAGGUACCACCUCUUCAUAAGAUCCUUCGACAAUGCUGUUGGAAGGGCCCAUGUAGAGGACAACGCUAAGUUGAAUAGACUAUUACAAUAUUGUAAAGGUAAAGCCCUUACUGUUAUUGAGUGCUGUGCCAUGAUGGACCCGUCCAGAGGUUAUGUGAAGGCCAGGUCCCUGCUACAAGAGAGAUUUGGAAGCAACUAUGUCAUUGCUGAAGCCUGGAUUUCGAAGGUGACUGAGGGGCCAGUCAUAAAACCCUCAGAUCAUAGGGGCCUGCAGGACUAUGCUGAUGAGCUUCAGAGCUGCCAACAAACCCUUGAGGCAAUGGGGAGAAUUGCCGAGGUCGACACUCAGCGCUCGAUGGUACGACUGGUGGACAGAUUGCCCUUCUGGUUACAGCAAAGAUGGAGGAAGAGGGCUGUUGAUACUUUGGAGGCGACGGGAGCCUACCCCAGGAUAACAGACUUAAUAAUGUUCACAGCCAAGGCGGCUAGAGAAGCCAACGAUCCGAUGUUCGGGAUAAAGGCAUCUGGUGCCAAAACAGGUGCUGGUGGCAACUCUGGCAGUGGACACAGUCAGGGUGAUAGAAACGACCGAAACAGAAAUCGAGGAAAGGGAACCAGUUUCAACACGGCGAUGUCCCAGAGUGUUAGUGAUGUCCAGGCGACGAGGCAAACUAAGAGUUCAACUAGCAGUGGUGGCGCACCUGGUGGUGCACUCUGUCCAAUGUGUGCUGGCAGUCAUAGCCUAUUUGGCUGCCAGAAGUUCAAGGAUGCCAAGCCCGAGGAUCGGCUCAAGUUCACACGAGGCAAGCGGCUUUGUGAUAACUGCUUGAAAGGGGGACAUUUUGCUGGUGACUGUAGAGUAGAACGCCGAUGUACAGUGUGCAACAAGAAGCACACUAAAUUCCUACACAUUGAUCAUAAACCAUCUGCAUCAACUACGAGAGUGAAUACGCAAGUGGAUACGGCCAUAAGAGGAGCCGAGAAUGCCGAGACGACAAACACAGGGAGCAAUGCUUGCAUUGGGAAGCCAGCCAUAGGGGCCGGGACCGCCAAAAUAGCCCUGCCGAUUGUCCCGGUGACUAUACGAGCCGCUGCUGCCGAUAGAUCGAUAAAAACUCACGCGUUGUUGGAUUCCGGCUCAACCAACACCUUUUGUACAGAAGGCCUGUUAAGAGAACUUGGAGUUAAGGGACAGGAAACGGCCAUGUCACUCACCACCCUCAUCGGUGAGAGUAAGGGGACCACGAUGAUGGUAGUUGCCCUUGAUGUUUCCAGUGCCGAUGAAGACAAUCAGAUACACAUACCAUUGUGUUACGCUUUAGGUACCAGGCUUCCCGUCCUGCAGGGUAGUAGACCCUUGACCGCUAAGGAAUUAAAUGCAUGGCCGCACCUCCGAGGAAUCGACCUACCUUGUGCCGAUGCAUCCGAUGUUAAAUUGCUGAUUGGUCAGGACAUGCCAGAAGCCCUGGCGCCCCUGGAUGUACGAGUGGGGAACAAGGGUGAACCCUAUGCCACCUGCACACGACUAGGAUGGGCCCUUAAUGGACCUAUGGGUAUGCAUGGCCAUGAGAGAGCAGUAUGCAACUUCAUAUGCCGGGAUUCGACCAGCGAUGCCAGGUUAGAAAGCCAACUGAAGAAGUUUUGGGAAGUGGAAAAUGAGGCGAUGCUGGACGAUCAGCCAGCAAUGUCCGUAGAUGAUCAGCAAGCCAUAAAGAUCUGGGCCGACAGUAUUUGUAAAGAAGAUGACCACUUCCAGUUAGCGAUUCCAUUCAAACGUGAAACCCCAGGACUGGCAGACAACUAUGUUAUGGCUGAACGUCGGCUUUGUAUGCUGGGGAAACGCCUGCAGUCGAACCCAGAGCUAUACAAGAAGUACAGCAGGGGCAUACGGGAUCUGAUAGACAAGGGGUAUGCGGAAAUGGUUCCUUCAGAAGAUGCACAGGGGCCGGAGGGAAGGACCUGGUAUUUACCGCACCACCCUGUCUUCAAUGAGAAGAAGCCAGAUAAGUGCCGCAUAGUGUUCGAUUGUGCGGCCAAGUUUCAUGGAUCCUCCUUAAACGAUAUGGUACUACAAGGGCCAGAUUACAACAACAGCCUGAUAGGAGUCCCAUUACGAUUUCGCCAAGAACGCGUCGCGGUUAAAAGUGACAUUGAAGCUAUGUUUCACCAGGUGCGCGUUAGACCAGCUGACCGAGAUGUUUUGAGGUUCCUGUGGUGGCAGGACGGUAAUCCAGCAAAUCCUCCGGUGAUAUGUAGGAUGGUAUCGCAUGUGUUUGGUGGGAUUUGGUCGCCGAGUUGCUGCGGUUAUGCGCUUAGGCAAGCCUCUGAAGAUGCCUUAGCUGCAGGUACAUUCAAUCCAGAGACAAUCAAUCGGAUCAGAAGAUCUUUCUAUGUAGACGACAACCUCUGCUCUCUGAAAGCUGUGUCUGAGGCUAUCAGAGUAGUCGAGGAGAUGAGAACCAUUAUGCGUGACUCCGGUUUCAACCUCACCAAGGUGCUCAGCAACUUCCGAGAAGUCUUAGAGACAGUACCCGUGGAGGCGAGGGCUGCAGGAGUGAAUGAAGUGGAGAUCGGGAGUGAUCUACCCAAUGAUAGAGCUCUAGGAGUGCAAUGGUGCGUCCAAGAAGAUACGUUUGGUUUCAAGAUCUGCAUCAAGAAGAAACCUGAGACAAGAAGAGGAAUAUUGAGUCUAACCAGUUCAGUUUUCGACCCGCUAGGAUUAGCAUCUCCCUGCAUACUGACAGCUAAACUCAUUCUGCAAGAGUUAUGCAGGAUUGGGCUAGGCUGGGAUGACACUGUACCGGAAGUGAUACGAGAACGCUGGCAUAAAUGGGUUGAGGAGUUGCCUAGGCUGGAACUCUUAGCCGUGGACAGAUGUUUUACUCCGCCAGGUUUUGGUACUAGGUCGAGAUUGGAGCUACACCACUUCAGUGAUGGCUCGCUGGUUGGCCACGGAGCAGUCUCAUAUCUGAGGAUGGUCAAUGGAGAUAGCGAUAUCCAUUGUACGUUUGUCAAGGCGAAGGCAAAGCUGAAUCCCAUGAAGGCUAUGACAAUACCAAGGGUUGAACUCACGGCAGCCGUGGUGGCUGUCAAGUUGGAUAAGAUCGCUGCUCCGGCUCCAUGUGCUGUGAUUUCCAUAUACAUAGCAUCCUUAUGCGGUUUGUGCUAA